AUGGCAACGACAGUGCCCGAUCCAAGAAUUCGCCAGCUUAAAAUUAAAUCUAACGUCGUAAAGAGAAUAGCAAAGGACAAAGAGAAAUAUGAGGAAGAAUACACCACGCUUCAGCAAAAACACGAUGCAAUGAAGGCUUCCGGCGCCGAGGAUAUUGCUAUUAAAAAAUCAAACGAACUUCUUGAAGAGACGAAGAUGAUGAUUUCUGAUUGUUGUAGUCGUUUGACUAAGGCCUACGAUGAUUUGGAGACCUGCUUUAGUGAUUGUUCUGAUUUAAGCGAUCAUGAGGAGUACACAUUCGCCAAAACCAUUCUCGAUGGAAAAUCUCUCUGCACACACUAG